AUUUGGUCUGUCGUUCCCUCCUACGUGAUUGUAAACCUAGUCGCCAGCCAGCCAACGGCAUUGACAGGGUGAGCAGAAGAAGGCAUGGCAAAACCACAGAAAAAUUCAAAACCCCAUGGAUCUUCAAAGCGACCAGGAAAACAUGGCAGUAAUAAUCUCAAACCGAAGACCAAAUCGUCAAAAAAAGUUAAAAAAACCAAGCCCAAAGCACCGACGCAGCCUCAGCCGCAGAAGUCGCAGCCACAGCCACCUCCGCCACCUGAAUUGUUGACAACAGCUUCGCAGCAGCUGGAUUUUUUCAUCCAGCAGUAUCAAUCAGCAAAUGGCAUACAACUUUCGUCUCUCGAACUUGAAUCAUUUACAGAUGCGUGUAUUGUGAAACUAUCUGAAAGUCUACCUCAGGAUGUCAGUAAUUUAAGUGAACAUAUGAAGGCUUCCUUUGGACCAUCUUGGAAAGAAGUCUUAUGUAAAAAAGAGCUCAAACAUUCUGAACCUGGGAGUCCUGCACUACUUACAAUUAGUUUAUCUGCCUUAAGAUCACUGGAACUACUCAGGAGUUUGAAGCCUUUUACUAAAGAUUGCCAUGCUGCAAAACUUUUUGCAAAGCAUUUGAAGAUUGAAGAACAGGCUUCCUGUUUAAAGAAUCAUGUCAAUGUUGGUUGUGGCACACCAAGCAGGAUCAAAAAGUUAAUUGACAUGGAAGCAUUGGGUCUAUCACGGCUAUCAGUUGUUGUGCUUGAUAUGCAGACAGAUGUCAAGGGAUAUUCUCUUUUUAGCAUCCCCCAGAUCAGGGAUGAGUUUUGGGAAUUGUACACAACACACUUUCACCAGAGACUCCUAGAUGGCAGUCUCAGAAUCUGUCUUUAUGGUACCGUUGAUGCUAACAACUUCAAAAAAAAGAAGGGAACAACAACAGAGAUACCAAUGAGUGAGAAAUCGUCUUAAUCUGUGGAUUUUUAGAGGUGAGGAUUGAUGAUCAUGAAUGUUACAAGGAAUGCGAGGAAGAAAUUAUACAAAGAGGUUCGAUGUAGAUCAAAAGUCUUGAAAAUAGAGGCCAAAUCCGAAAACUAAAAAAGAAGUUGAAGGGCAUUUCUAUUAGGUUAUGCAAUUAGUUACCCUAAUAUAUGGUUUGUAAUGUGUCGUAUUCACUACCAACCCUCGAUUAAAAUUGUGAUAAUUUUUUUAUUCCAUGGUAUCCUAUAAACACUAGUGGAC